AUGGAAUCUAACGAAGGUAUUAAUUAUAUUGAAGAACUGGAAAAAUUAGAUACUGCAGAAUGGCUUAAUAUUCCUCAGCCUAUUAUUUCAGCAUUCAACACAAUAAAAAAUUCAAUUUGCUAUCAAUCAAAAAUUUCUAACAAUUUAUCAUUUCAACUAAAAGAUCUCCAGGAAAAAUUCACUAUCAAGCAUAAAAAAGUUUUAAAAUCAACAAAAGAUAUGCUCUAUUGUACUGUAUUAAUUAUAUUAAUAAAUUUUAGAAAAAUUAUAUUAAUUUAAUUAAAAAAAUUAUAAUAAUUCCUAUAUAAAAUUGACUGAAGACAAAAUCUCAACAAUAAUUUCAGAAUUAGAAACUUCAUUUCUUGAGAAAAAUAAAAUACUACAAGACCAAUUAGCAAAAGAUCUUGAUACCAAGACGAACUGACUCUCUAACAAACUUUUGUCUUUUGAUGAAAGAUUGCAUAAGUCUGAAAGACAUACCAAUACCUGACCUACGCUACAACAAAUAGAAACAAAAAUCAAAACAAGUUGUGAUAAUUUACGUGACAAAAUUAGGCUUGAAAUAAGAGAAAAUUUAGUGAAUCCUGAAAUACAGCAAGUUAAUAGACAAAUUAAUAUAGUCAGAUCGUAAAAUUUAAAUAGAAAUUUUGAAGAUAGGCUUUAGCUAAAUUAUAAUAAUUGAAAAGUUCAGUGGAACUAACUCUUUUCCUAAGGCUUCCUCAAUUGCUCUCUAGUAUGGUUUCACAAUAUCGCGAAAAUCGCUUCUGCAAGAUAAAGGCCUGCACUCACUAAGCGGUAGUCGGAUGGGUCUUUCACCACAAUGCUGAGCGUCAAUAAAAUUGCCCACCAUUGGACACUCAAGAUGGUUGAAUUUCUGAUUGAUUCUUUUCCAAAAUGGAAAUCCGAAACCCAAGGCGUAGCUCCUAGUUUCAAGCUGGAAAGCAAUUCUGAUUGGCCAUUAAGCAUACUCUUUAUCCUACAAGGGAGCUUCUCUCCAAUUCUUGGUUCCAUUUCCCUCUGUGGCAGCAAAGACUUGAUCUGUAGUAAAGCGUACAGUUGAUAACUAAAAUAACUAUAACCUGGUCGGAUACACAUUUACGGAUACCAUCUCCAAACCUCGAGGUCCCUGGGUCCAAUAGCAGGAAUUAAGAGCUAGUUCGCCAUUUUAAUAUAUAAGAUAGGCUUAUGGCAAUGGAAGAAAAAAUAUUGAGCGAAUCAAAUGAAUUUGUAAUGGAAAAUAAGAAAAUUUUGGAAGAAAAAAUAAUCGAAAAAUCUAAUGAAAUUGAAGAGAAAAUUUUUAAUCUUGCUGAGAAAAAGAAGAAAUUAAGGAAAAAGAUGAGAAUUAUGAGAGAAGUUUUUGAUGAAAAAGAUAUGAAAACUAAUAAUUACAUUGACAAAAUAAAAGAUGAAAUAGAUAAUUUUCAAGGGAUUAUUGAUGAAAUUCAUGGCGAAAUUUCAAAAUUAAAAAAAUUUAAUCGAAAAAUCACAAAAUCCCCCACAAUUAAGCCUUCUCCUUCCAAAGCUGAAGAACUCAAGCUUGAAAUUUCUUCUUCGCCUUUCCCAGAUGAAUUCCAAGAACAAUUAUUUUCCCUAAAGCAAGAAAUCCUCAACGUGAUAAAUUCACAAGAAGAGAAAUUCAAUACAAAAUUGCAAGACACCGCAAAACAAAUUGAAAAAAAUUUCAAUAAAAGUAAAGAAAUUAUUCAUAGCAAUAUUAUUGAGUUAUCAGAAAAAUUGUCCUGGCUACCUAUAAAUCUUCGUCAUCUUGAUGGGAUGUCAGGUACUGAAGCAAGGCUUUUUACACUUGAAGCUCGCCUUAGGUCUGAAGAAAAUUCACGUAUGAGAUCUCAUAAUACUUUACUUAAAUUAAUUGAGUCACUUACCUCAGAAUUUUCUCCAUUAAAAACAAUUGAUGUAGCCAUGAUGCCUUUGAUUAGUAAUACAAUGCAUUUUAAAACACCUAAAAAUGUAGCAGAAAGCAUGGGAUCUGAUGAGCUAGAAGCAAAAAUCAAUGAAGAAGACAGCCAAUAUCGAUAUAUUCUGUAUUACAAAGAGUUAUUCUGUUGUAUUUUAAGAUAAUUUAUUUAUUUUUUAAAUAAAUAAGGCAUUAUUUUAUAUUGAUAUUAUAUUUAUUUAGUAUAGUGAAAGAAGACAAAAAAAAAGUUAUGACAAGCUUCCCCGCUGAAGAAGAAAAUUAUAA